AGUUCUCUCUACCUCUUCUCUAAGUAUAGCUUUGGUUUGCAUAUCAAAAUGAGAAGCUUAGGGAAGCUGGGGCAAUUGCCCCUACUUGCAGCUGCUUUGGCAAUUUGCCUAGCAGCCAGCACUGUUUUUGCUGAUUACUCCUAUGGUUAUACUUCUCCCUCACCUUCUUACAGCUCUAACAAGUACUACAAAUCACCAUCUAAGUAUCAUGUGCCUACUCCUUACUACAAGAAACCUGUUGAACAUUCACCAUCACACAAAUACUACAAAGCACCUGUACCUUCAAAGCACAACUACUACAAGUCUCCAUCGCCAGUAAAAUAUUACAAAUCACCUACUCCUUCAAAGCAUUACUACAAGUCGCCAAUUGCAAAGAAGUAUUAUAAGUCACAUACUCCUUCGAAGUAUCACUACAAGUCGCCAUCGCCAGUAAAGUACUACUACAAGUCACCAUCGCUGGUUAAGCACUACUACAAGUCCCCAACGCCGGUUAAGCACUACUACAAGUCCCCAACUCCUUCAAAGUACUACAAGUCCCCAACUCCUUCAAAGUACUACAAGUCGCCAACUCCUUCAAAGUACUACAAGUCGCCAACUCCUUCAAAGUACUACAAGUCGCCAUCGCCAGUAAAGUACUACAAGUCACCAACUCCUUCAAAGCAUUACUACAAGUCACCAACGCCGGUAAAGUACUAUUACAAGUCCCCAACUCCUUCAAAGCACUACUACAAGUCCCCAACUCCUAAAUACUACAACUCACCAUCACCAACGAAAUAUUACAAGUCACCAAUUUACUACAAAUCUCCACCACCACCAGCUUAUUAUGAAAAAUCACCUUCAUACUACAAAUCACCUCCACCUCCACCUCCACCACCAAAAUAUUACGAGGAAUCACCAACUAAUUAUAAGUCUCCACCUCCACCCUACUAUGAAUCUCCACCACCUCCACCAAAGACCUAUGAACAACAACCCACCUAUGCCUCACCUCCACCACCUACGAAGUACGAGCCAUCAACUACCUAUGCUUCACCUCCACCUCCAUCACCAUCUCCCACACCAACCUACAACUAA